UGGUGGCACAAAUUGGAACUGUUAUCCUUUCGGCUUACUCCGUUAGCGCACCGAUUAAUCGACAUACCCUACGAUGUUUCAGUGCCCUGAAAUACACACAGCCCGCACAACAGCACUCGGAACACCGCAAGCUUAAUUAUAAACAACCCGUACGUUGCACUUUUGACAGUACUGAACGAAUACAGCACUCAUUAUUUGAUUAGAGCUUCUGGUUUUGUGCUGAAAUAAAUGUUUCCAAAUGUGAGUACAGAGGCUCCCUUGAUUGCAUGCAGUACAGAGGGUUACUUCAAGCGCAACACUAAAAUGAGUAGUGUCAUGAUGUAGACUAUGUUUUCUGUUAUUACCGGUCUUCGUCACUUAUGGUCGAUGAAAUAAUGACCCCACAUUGUCUAAGCGUGAGUUUGUCGUGAAUUCAUAUAGCAGCAUAUUGAAACUUCCUGUUAUGAGCACUAUUUUACUAUUCAUAGCUGCCUUUAUGUACAAGGGUUCGACGGCGCAAACUCUUCCUUGAUAGUUUGGGACGAUGAGGAGUACAGUUACUGAACGCGCCAGCCGGAAACUAUGGAAGUGAUUUCGGAACCCACAGCGGCGGACAGUCGCCUCUUGUUUGGCAUCGCCGACUACGUCAUCUUCAGCGCCAUGCUGCUCGGCUGCGUGGCCAUCGGCGUCUACUUUGGAUUCUUCAAGGUCGCCGUCAACGCCGAGCAGUACCUGCUAGGCGGACGCCGCUUGGCUAUGUUUCCCGUAGCUGUUUCGCUGGUAGCCAGCUCUAUCUCGGGCAUCACGCUCCUCGGCACGCCUACGGAACUCUAUCUUCGAGGCACGCAGUACGUCUUCAUAAACGUGUCGUUCUUCACGGCGUCUCUCUUCAUAGGCUUCACAUACCUACCUGUGUUCCACGGCCUUCGAAUGACCUCCAACUACGAGUACCUGGAGAUGAGGUUUGGGAAGAGUGCCCGGCUGCUGGGCUCGUCCCUGUUUAUUGUUGGCGUUAUAUCGUGGAUUCCAAUUGUUAUGUACGUGCCUGCUCUCGCCUUUAACCAAGUGACUGGCAUCAACGUGCACAUUGUGACUCCGAUCGUCUGCGCCGUGUGCAUAUUCUACACCUGUGUGGGCGGCCUUAAGGCGGUCGUGUGGACGGACGUCAUCCAGAGCGUACUAAUGUUCAUGGCAGUCAUUCUGGUGAUCGUCAAGGGCUCAAUCGACGUCGGCGGACUGGGCACGGUCUGGCAGCGGAACAUGGACAGCGGCAGGAUAGAGCUACCUGACCUCGGGUUCGAACUCACGGCCCGCCACAGCUGGUUCGGCUUCCUCGUGGGCAACUUCUUCGGCUGGUUGCCGCUCGGUGUCUCCCAGAUGACGCUGCAGAGGUUCGCCUCAGUCGAGAGCCUGCCCAAGGCGCGAAUGACAAUGUGGGUGUUCAUUGCUGGUGCAAUGUUCCUCAUUAUGAUGAGCUGCUAUAUUGGUUUGCUCACUUAUGCAGUGUACCAUGACUGUGAUCCUCUCAUUACUAAGCAAGCGAGCGCCAAGGAUCAACUGCUUCCGCUGUUGGUGAUGCAAGCCCUACAGGACUUACCUGGUCUGCCAGGAAUCUUUGUUGCGGGUAUCUUCAGCGCCGCCCUCAGCUCCAUGUCGACUUCGCUCAACUCUGUCUCCGCGGUGGUGCUGGAGGACUUCUUCAAGACGUUCUACGGACAGGACGCGCUCUCCGAGCGCCAGACCGACAUCCUGCUCAAGAGCGUCGUGGUGAUCUUCGGCGUCCUCUGCACGUCGCUCGUCUUUGUGGUCGAGAAGCUCGGCACGGUACUGCAGCUGUCUAUGUCCCUGGAUGCCAUGACUAACGGUCCAGUCCUGGGUGUCUUCACCGCCGGCAUGUUUCUGCCAUGGGUCAACAUUUGGGGUGCGAUCCUUGGAGGACUGGCAGGCUUGAUCUUCAUGGGCUGGGUGGUGCUGGGCUCACAGGCGGUCAUGGCCGCCGGACUCAUCACCAUCCCCAGCAAGCCGGUGUCCAUCGCGGGCUGCAGCGCCGAACUCCUGCGUCACCUCAACAUCACGGCCAUCACCGCAGCCGCCAACAGCACUGUCACGGCGGACGCUGCAAGCUCUGUUCUGCCCAUCUACCGAGUGUCGUACGUGUGGUACACAAUGAUGGGCCUCGUGGUGACGCUGGUGUCUUCACUGGCCAUCAGCCUGGUCACAGGGAAAAGGGACCUCGCCUCCGUGGACAGGAGUCUGGUGACGCCGCUGAUGCGGUGGGUGCUGCCCGAGGGCCGGAGGGCGUCCGCCGCCAGGGUGGACCGCGUCCGUAGCAGCAUCUCCACGUACGAAGGCUACAAGGUGAGCCAAUACCAGAGGUCGGCCAGCAAGUACAUCUCGGCUGUCAAGGUGCAAGUUAUAUUCACAGACGAACAAAAGAAGAAGGAGGAAGCUUGAUGCAGCGACAACUAAGCCAGGAUCACUAUCACAUACUGUGUGUUAUAGUGCUGAAGGCCCCCCUGCCAAGCCAGGAUUACUCUCGCAUACUGUGUAUUAUAGUGUUGUCCUGAUAACAAAACUAUCAUCGAAGAAGGUACUGUUCAAGGCAUCAUCAAAACCAAUAAACCACACAUUCUCGUAUUAUUUUCAAGUGGAAUAUGUGCGACACUGUUUACGCCCAGGACAUUAAUAUUCGACGUUUCUAGAGUGGAUAUUUCUCAGACUGAGUACCAGUUGACUACUAUACAGAAAUUUUGAUAUAAUGAUUGCUGUGCAUUACGUGAAAUAUCCGUACCAAAAUAAAGCAGUGUAGAUUUCUAUGGUGGUAAUGGUAAAAAAAUACAUCACACAAAAAAACUGAUAAAGUGUGUGUGUGUGCUGCACGUGUUCUCAUUGCAUAGACGGUAUAUUCUAAACAUACCGCCUUCCAUAUUUGCUUGGUAGUUCUUCAACAGCUGUAUUUCCAUUUACUGAAAUAAUCAGCAACCCCUUGUACAAAAGAAAUUUUAUUUCCCUUACCGCUUUCAGGCACUUGAUGUCCCUUUUUAAAACUUUAUAAUUAUCG